AAACAAACACUUAAAAAUUUAAAAAAAAAUGAAUCUUUUUCUUUUUAUGUUUUAUUCAUCAUUUUAGUUGUUUUCAGUGGGACGCCUUGUUGCAUACAGUAAGGCAAGUCUCCACCACUAUGUCCUUCUAUUUCUUUAUAAGAUGGGUAAAAUAAAUGCACUCCUACUUACAUCAGGAUAUCAAUUGAAAUAAUUGUGCUUUGAAAGCUAUGAGGCUCCAAACAAGUAUUACUGUUAUUUUCUUCCCAUUUGUCUUCCCACACUCAAAAUGCUCUUUGGAUUCCUCUUCUUCUGCCAGCCUCUUAAAUGUUGAUCGUCCCCAGUUUUCUACUCUCAACCCACUGUUUUUAUUAAUCUUUAUAAUCUUGAUAGUUUCAUCCCUCCCAAGUCUUCUUUAUUUCUCUACUUCACAACCAUCUUCUGAGCUAUGAGCCCAUAUCUUUUACUUAUUAUAUCAAAGUCAUCAUGCAUAUGCUCAUGCCAAGAUCUCCUCCCGUGUCCCUGGCCUCAGUGAUGGGCACUGCUCUCCAUCAGCAGUGCAGUUGUCUGAGUGAGAAACGUGGGCAUCAGCCUGAGUUCUUCCCUCCCUCACAUCCACUCAGUCACCAGAUGCUGUGAAUUGUACUUUCUAAAUGUUUCUCAAACUUGGCCAUUUCUGUUGUCCUCCUGUUCAGUCUCACUGCAGCAAAUCAGCACAGCCCAUGCUACUUGGGAUACAGCUAAGGAUCUGUCAAAUGUUUCUUUCUCUUGAUCACCUCCCAACACACCCACCUUACCAUCAGCCAGAGGGAUGUUCCUAAAAUGCACAUCUGAUUCGAUCACUGCUCUACUUGAAGUCCUUCAGCAGCUUCCCAGUGUUCUAAAGAUAAACUCCAUUAAUAUUGAUCACAAGGCUUUUCAUGACCUGACUCUGCUUCUCCAUCCUUUCUCUUGACUUUUUUCCAUUUCACCAUAUACCUCAUUUAUUUUGGACUAUUUGUGUCUCCAUUUCUGGAUAUAUCACACUUUAUCUCUGUCUGGGUGAGUUAGGGGGAUAUCUGACCUACUCGCAUCAUUAGCCUGUCCUAUUACAUGUUUUGAUUGACAUCUGAGACUUUGGCUCUCCCAUUAAGCCUGUUCCUUUUCCCCCUUGGACCAUACGUGUCAUCUCUCUCAGGCUUGACCAGCACGGGGCAGAGGGGGAUGGUUACCUCCUUUUUUUCUAAGCACUGUUUUCCUAAAAAUGCCUAAAAGAGCACCAGAUCUUUAGCAGCCACAUCAUAAGUCCUCUUUUACACAAGCGAGUUGUGAAGACAUGUCUCUCUCAUCCUGGGUUGCACUGUGGGUUUUCUGUAUCAUAGGAGCUGAUCUGACAUUUUAAUGGGCAUUACAACUUGCUAAAUUUCAUCUGUUUUACUGCAGCUCUUGGUCCAGUCUGUUCUGCAAUAUUUUUGGCUUAAUCAGAAGUCUUACAAUGUAAAGUAAAAGAAAUCCUCUUUCAUCAUGUAGAUAGGGGAACUGACCAGGACCAGAGAUGCUGGACACCAGGUAGAAGUCACCCAGCAAGCAAAGCAGCAGCAGCACCAGAGCCACAGCCUAGGGCUGCUGGUCCCCAUUCUCAUGCUUCCUUAAUAUGGCACACAAAUUCCCAUUCCUGAAUCCAAUCACUGGGGCAUACUCUUAGCUUCUAAAAAAAUUAAGUCAAAUCUGUUGUAUUUUAAAUGGUAUUAAAUUCCUUUUGGCAAGAGAAGGUAUAAUAAAAAUAGCACCACUCUGAACAGCUGGAAACUUCAGCCUCUCCAUACUGAUAGACUCCUGCCACUUCAAAGAGCUCUUCUACCAAAACUGCCAUGAGAAGGACUCCAUUGGAGAGCCUGACACUUUCCUCUGCAGCCUCGCUUCUUGUCCUCCUUACCCACCUACUGACUGCCCCCCUAUUUUAAGACAUCAGUAUUAGAGACAAAAUUAGGCUUUUCUAUGUUAUAAUUAGGGUACAGCUUUUAAAAGGCUAAACACGAUAACUUGUCACAAACGACAGGACAGAGCUACCUCCUUCAUUAUGGAAUGUAAGAGGAAUUUUUCGAAGGCUUAUUUUGUAGCUGUUUCACAUCUCACUGGGGUGAAAAAGAUUGUCCAAUUAAUUAUAAAUCAACAGAGCUGCUGUGCACCCUCCUGUAAUUGCUCUCAGGUAGAGAUUAAAAAUUUAGUGCAUGAAAGUUGGUCUUUUCAGGAGAAGAAAAGAAUCACCUGUGACCUUCAAAUACCAUGAACUAAAGGCUUCUUUCAUCCUUUGUUGAGUGUAUUGAGUGUUUAAUUUGGGUAUAUGGAGAGGAAGGAGUUGGAGGGAGAACUGAAAACAUGAUUUGAGUCAUCUGUGUUUGUGUACUUAAAAAGGGGCACCUGGUUGGUUCAGUUGGUAGAGCAUGGAACUCUUGAUCUUGGGGUUAUAGGUUUGAACCCCACAUUGGGCGUAGAGAUUACCUAAAAAUAUAAAAUCUUUUUUUUAAGUUGGAAAAAAUUAAAAAAGAAUUACAUAGGUCUUAUUCAUCUAGAGGCACAAAUGAGGCCACAUUAAUGGUAGUACCUAAAAUGCCCUGACUUCCUGCCCUGCCUGUGUGAUUCAGGAUCUCAGCCCAUUAAAUUGCACUAUCAGGUGUUUCUGGGUCUCCUCAGAGAGUUUGAGUUUAAAAAGAGACUUCUCAACUCCUUACUGAUAUGUGCUUUUUAUUAAGUUGCUUUAGAAGAGAGCCUCACUGCAGCCAGCCUACCUUACCCCACAUGGACCAAAGCUGUGGUCCAUGCCAAGGGGUUUGUCUUCUGGUGAUCCCAUAGUUACCAAUCCUUAGGGUGACACAGCAUACCCAGGAGUCUGACCUGACCCAAAUUUGUGCAGUAUUCUUUCUUCAGAAUGUUUUCCCCAACUUGGGCAUGCCUUAUUCACUCUGGUAUUUUCCAUGAGCAUUACUAGUGCACCCCAUCCUGCCCCAGUCGGGUCUCACUGAGUCCAUCUGUGGAUGUGUGCAAACUUUCUCCAUACAGAAGACUGUAUGUGUGAGUAGGAUUUGGGGAAGGGGUCAGUUGGGGAGGGAAUUACACCUUCCAGUCCCUCUCUACAGGGACCUCUGUGGGACACUAAAGAGGGUUCCCAAGGUGGUUAUAUCUCUUGAUUGAUUUCCUGUUCUCCAUCUCCAUUCCUAUUCUCAUUCCUACUUCUUGGGGAUGGUGGAGUUUGUUCCCUGCCCUUGCUCAUUACCCAGGAUCCUUGCACUUACAGGGAGGCAUCUGUAACGUCACUGACGAACAAGAGGUACAUCCUGAGGUUCCCAGUGCUGGAGACACUGAUGCUGGAUGACAACAAGCUCUCCAGCCCCAAUUGCUUUGCCAGCCUGGCCGGGCUCAGAAGGUAAAGCCACACUCCUCUCUCUGAAGGACCCCCUACCACUGCCAACCUGGCCCACACCCUGAGUGCUGCUUUGGAAUCCAAAAGGCCUGAGUUGAAAUCCCAGUUCCACUACUUACCUCUGCUGUGUGGUCACAGAUAAUCCAUUUCUCCCCUCUGAGCUUUAGCUCAGCCAUAAAAGUGGGGCAUCAGUAGGACAUUUCUGAUCAAGUGACUAGAUUAGAAGUGGCAAAGAGAAGGGAGGAUAAAAAGAGAUAUUACCAGAGAUAGAGUCCUGACCCCUGAGAGAGGAGACAGAAAAAAAAAAAAAAAAAAAAAAAAACACAAAACCAGAAUCAGAAAGAUAAGAAUUAACUGCUAUAUUCUACCUAUUUGAAUAAUGAAAAUACUGGCAUUUAUUUAUUAUUAUUUUUUAAAUGCUGGCAUUUAAAUGGUUAAGCUUUAGAUCCCUGGAAAAUUUAUUUUGGAGUCAGUUACCAUUUACUGCAUGCUACUUUGUGUAGAGCCAUUUACAUUGUCUAAUUAAACUUCACUGGAGCCUUGAAAGUUAUUAACUAUCAUCCCCAUUUUAGAGAUAGGGAUAUUGAGUCCAGAGAGGGUAAGUCACUGGCUCCAGGUCACACAAGGAGUAAGGGUCCAAGCCUGAGUUCAUGUUCUUUCCCUAAAGUUGCUAGGUAAAUGCUCCUGAGGUAUCAUUAUUGCUGUGAUUCUGUAUUCACUUUCCUUAAUUAAAGACUGAAGAAAUUAAGCCUGGACCAAAACAGGAUUUUCCGGAUCCCGUACCUACAGCAGGUUCAGCUCCAAGACGGGUCAGGGGACUGGGCUAGAGGCAGGGGGAGUCCCCAGAAAGUGCCCCAAUCCAUGCUGCAGCCCAAGUCGUGGAUGUUUGAGGCCUCAGAUGAACAACCGGAUUAUACUGUACUGCCCAUGAAAAAGGAUGUUGACCGGACAGGAAACCAAGGUAUGUGCACUUCCUCCCAUAUUCAAGAUUCUUCCCGUGAAGUCACUGAAGGCCAGAAACCAGACGCUGGCCCCGCCCUUUCCAGAGCUGAGGUACCUUAGCCUGGCCUACAACAAGAUCGCGAAGGAAGAUGCCAUCCUGCCGGUAGCUCUCUUCCCGUCUCUCUGCGAGCUCAUCUUUCAUAACAACCCUCUGGUGGCCCAUACACGAGGGGUCCCUCCAUUGCUGAAAACCUUCCUCCAGGAGCACCUGGGGAUCCACUUGAUUCGAAGGAAGACAGUAAAGGCUAAGCAUCAUAUUUUGAUGCCUCGGAAGGACUCUCGGAAGGUGAAAACCCAAGUUCCAAAGGUGCCAAAGCAGCCUCUGAUUCUUCAUCACCUAUCCGUGCCCACAAUCAAGUCUCCCUCAAAGGAGAUGCCAGAGUCUGAGGCAGCGCCAACUAAAGAGCUGUCCACCACCAGAAGCAGUCCUCUGGAGCCAGAGAUGCCCAUCGAGGGCCUGGAGGGCCUUUCCCUGUCCCACCGGCCCUUUGUGCCACUGCCUCCCAUCUGCUCUGACUCUACUGUGCAUAGUGAAGAGACCAUGUCCCACCAGAGCAACAGACCUGGCCACCUCAGCCCAGAUCACCUGUCAGAUGAGGACACCAAGAGCACAGAGUCCAUAUUCUUGACCCAGGUGAGUGGGUUGCCUUCCUCCGUCCACCAGAAGGAUGAUUCAGCCGUGAAGGAGGAAGAGCAAAGACCACCCCGCACAGCCCCCAGAGAGGUAAAGAGGGCUUGGAGGAAGCUCCCAUCUGCCUCCCUCCCCAGCAAGUAUCGUGGCUAUGAGGAGCUGCUGACAGCCAAGCCUGAUCCAGCCUUUAUUGAGCCAAAGGGAAUCCAGAAGAACACACAGGCCCUGCAGUACGUGCUGAAGCACCCGCUGCUGUUCCGCUCCUCCAAGCCCAGGCUUGACACUCUUCAGAAACGCUACGUUCCCAAGGAGAAACGGGCCCAGAGGAUCCCCAUUCCACCCCCACGGAAGACUCGAGCCCAGCUGUUGGAUGACAUUCUCAUUCGCAUGCGGGAUCCCCGGAAUAUUACAGAGGCUCCACUAGGAGCUGUCCUGCGCCAGCGGACUGAGCAGAGGCUGGUGAACCAGAAGCAAUACCUGGAGGCCAAGAGGCUGCUGAAGGAGUUUCGGGCACGCUACCGGCAGCUGGUGCGCUGCUCACUGCGGACAGUGUUCAGGGCCACAGCGCCACCCCCAGGCCACCCAGCAUUGAGCGAGGGCCAGCCUAGGUUUGGCCGCUUCCUCAAGUUCAUGGAUGAGUUCUGCCAGGGUCCCACGGCCAGUGACUCAAAAGACUAAGGUCUGCGCACGGGGCAGUGCCCAGCCUGUGCCCCAUACCCUCCCUGAGGGCUCCGCACCCUGGACCGCGCCUUGGGGCUGGGUGUGCCAGGUGCAGGCCUCAAACCUUGGCUUGGCCUCGCUCGCUGGCCACAGAGAGUGGGGAACUAACUGGUGAGGACCUCCCCUCCCCGGGCCAGGGAGGACCCAGCGCCUGGCCCAGCAGCAAUAAAGAGUGGGUGCACAGAG